AUGGCACCACCGAUGGCUGGAUUGAUAUCUACAGGUGUAGCGAGUAAAAGUGGCGAAGAACAGAGCUUGAAACGCUAUUACAAAACAAAAAUCGAAGAUAUGCAGCAACGAGUUGCGGAGAAAACCCAAAAUUUGCGACGACUUCAUGCACAGCGAAAUGAACUGAAUACAAAGGUUCGCAUGUUAAAGGAGGAACUGCAACAAUUGCAUGAGCAAGGAUCCUAUGUUGGUGAAGUCUCGAAAGCAAUGGAUAAAAAGAAAGUGCUUGUUAAGGUUCAUCCUGAGGGAAAAUAUGUUGUUGAUUUGGAUAAAGGUAUUGAUAUAAACAGUAUCACAUCAGGUUGUCGUGUUGCUCUUAGAGCUGAUAGCUAUGCACUACAUAAAGUACUUCCAAAUAAGAUUGACCCAUUGGUUUCUCUCAUGAUGGUAGAAAAAGUUCCCGACUCAACGUACGAAAUGAUUGGUGGUUUAGAUAAGCAAAUAAAGGAGAUAAAGGAAGUGAUCGAAUUACCUGUAAAACACCCGGAACUUUUUGAUGCAUUGGGAAUUGCCCAGCCGAAGGGAGUCCUGUUAUAUGGUCCUCCUGGAACAGGUAAAACAUUACUUGCCCGCGCUGUGGCUCAUCAUACGGAAUGUACAUUUAUUCGAGUAUCAGGCUCUGAAUUGGUGCAAAAGUUUAUUGGAGAAGGUGCUCGUAUGGUUCGUGAAUUGUUCGUAAUGGCCCGUGAGCAUGCACCGUCGAUAAUUUUUAUGGACGAAAUAGACUCUAUUGGUUCAUCUCGUGUUGAAGGUAGCAGUGGUGGUGACUCAGAAGUGCAACGUACAAUGUUAGAGCUGUUGAAUCAACUUGAUGGUUUUGAGGCUACCAAGAAUAUCAAAGUGAUUAUGGCAACAAAUCGUAUUGAUAUUCUUGAUCCUGCACUUCUGAGACCAGGAAGAAUCGACAGAAAAAUAGAAUUCCCUGCACCUGAUGAGAAAGCGCGUGCAGAUAUACUAAAAAUUCACUCACGGAAAAUGAAUCUUAUGCGAGGCAUAAACAUGAGGAAAAUAGCAGAAGCUAUACCUGGUGCAAGCGGUGCUGAAGUCAAAGCAGUUUGCACCGAAGCUGGCAUGUUUGCUUUGCGGGAACGUCGCAUUCAUGUGACGCAAGAAGAUUUUGAAAUGGCUGUUGGCAAGGUAAUGCAGAAAGAUUCGGAUAAGAAUAUGUCAUUGAAGAAGCUUUGGAAGUGA